AAUCGGGCGAGCAGCAUACCAUCUUCAACAACAGCAGCAGCAACAGCCUAAUCAAACUUGUUGCCAUCUGAAACGCCUGGUCAAUUCGCUAUUGAGACGCCCCAAGAUGAGCUCCUCAUACGCACUGCUUUUUGGCGUCGUUGCCGUCGCCUUCGUGGCACUGGUGGCUGCUGAGCCACCGCUGAACAAUGCGUAUCUGCCGCCGUCCUCCUCGUCUGGUGGCAGACCCUCCUCCAAGUAUGGCGCACCACCGGCCAACUCUUAUUUGCCACCCGCCUCGGGUCCGGCGCCUUCGUUCAAUUCGCGGCCAGCGCCGUCCAGCAGCUACUCAGCUCCAGCGGGUGGCUCCUCUGGUGGACCGUAUCCGGCGUCCGCGCACCGCCCGUCCAGUUCGUAUGGAGCACCAUCUCGCCCAGCGCCACCAUCCUCAAGCUAUGGGGCACCAUCACGACCAGCGCCACCAUCCUCCAGCUAUGGGGCACCAUCUCGACCAGCGCCACCAUCCUCUAGCUAUGGAGCACCACCAUCCCGCACAUACGGACCACCACCAGCAAGGAAGCAUCAAUCGCAGCAUCAAUCACGUCGUCCCUCAUCGAGCUACGGUCCACCCAAGUCAUCAGCCCCAUCCCAGAGCUAUGGUGCUCCCGCACUACCAGCUCCACCAGCACCACCCGCCUCCAGAUAUGGCCCACCCAAGUCGCCUUCCAGCAGCUACGGCGCACCAGCACCUCCCUCCUCCAGCUAUGGAGCUCCCAGCGUGAGCAGCUUCGUGCCCUUGCCUUCAGCUCCAUCAACCAACUACGGCGCCCCCUCCAAGACUCAGGUUCUGGGUAGCAACGGCUACACAUCUGGACCAUCUGCACCUGCACCACCUUCAUCUUCGUAUGGCGCUCCCUCAAGCUCUAGCUCGUUCCGUCCCAUAUCGCCGCCCUCUUCCAGCUAUGGUGCCCCGAGCAGCAGCAGCAGCUCCCACUCUUCGUCCUCAUCAUUCAGCGCGCCGUCCUCAUCGUAUUCUGCGCCCAGCCCAAGUGCCAAUAGCGGUGGAUCCUACCCAGCAGCUCCAUCCAAAUCAUAUGGUGCACCCAGCUCCGGUCCGUCUAGCUCCUACUCGGCACCCAGCCCGAGCGCCAACGUUGGUGGAUCUUAUCCGGCAGCUCCUUCCAGCUCGUAUGGAGCCCCCAGCUCUGGUCCGUCCAGCUCUUACUCAGCGCCCAGUCCCAGUGCCAACCGUGGUGGUUCAUACCCUGCUGCUCCAUCCAGCUCAUACUCGGCUCCUAGCCCCGGCGCAAACAGUGGUGGACCUUAUCCGGCAGCUCCGUCCAGCUCAUAUGGAGCACCUGCUGCUCCAUCGAGCUCCUACUCGGCACCAAGUCCCUCAGCAAACAGUGGAGGCUCCUACCCAGCGGCUCCCACUAGCUCCUACUCGGCUCCCAGCCCCGGAGCCAACAGCGGAGGACCUUAUCCAUCAGCUCCUUCCAGCUCUUAUGGAGCUCCCAGCUCCGGAUCAUCCAACUCCUACUCUGCACCCAGCCCUAGUGCUAAUAGCGGAGGCUCCUACCCAGCGGCUCCCUCUAGCUCAUAUGGCGCACCGGCUUCAGCUCCUUCCAGCUCCUACUCUGCUCCCAAUCCAAGUGCCAACAGUGGAGGACCCUAUCCUUCAGCUCCUUCUUCUUCAUAUGGUGCACCGAAACAGGCUCCUUCCAGCUCGUACUUAGCACCUAGCCCGGGAUCGAACAGCGGUGGACCUUAUCCAUCAGCUCCAUCCAACUCAUAUGGCGCUCCCAGCUCCGGUCCGUCUAGCUCCUACUCGGCUCCUAGCCAAAGCGCCAACAGUGGAGGACCCUAUCCAUCCGCUCCAUCCAGCUCAUAUGGAGCUCCCAGCUCCGGUCCGUCCAGCUCCUACUCCGCUCCUAGCCCAAGUGCCAACAGUGGAGGACCCUAUCCAUCCGCUCCAUCCAGCUCAUAUGGCGCUCCCAGCUCCGGUCCGUCUAGCUCCUACUCGGCUCCUAGCCCAAGCGCCAACAGCGGUGGACCUUAUCCCUCAGCUCCGUCCAGCUCAUAUGGAGCUCCCAGCUCCGGUCCGUCCAGCUCCUACUCGGCUCCUAGCCCAAGUGCCAACAGCGGUGGACCUUAUCCCUCAGCUCCGUCCAGCUCAUAUGGAGCUCCAGCUUCAGCUCCAUCCAGCUCUUACUCGGCUCCUAGCGGCGGAGGCAGCUUCAGCUCUCAUGGCGGUUCCUCGUUCUCGUCGUCAUCUUCAUCUUCAAGCAGCAACGGAAGCGGCAGCUACUCGACAGGCCCUUCGUCCUCCUAUAGCGCACCCGCAGCACCCUCGAGCAGCUAUGGAGCCCCCAAUGGCGACAGCAUUCCCAGUGGACCCUCCAACGAUUCAGGCUACUCCUACUCAGCGCCCCGCCAAGUCCCGGAUACCAUUCAGCAGGGCUACAGCUCCAACGGUGGCUAUACCUAUCGCAAGUAGUAUAGCUAGAGUAUUGGGUAACGCCUGCAUCGAUCCAGUGCCUUAGAAUACUCGUGCCUCUAUCCCUCCCAUCAUUCACAAUUUGGCUAUCAUCAAAAUUCAUUUGUUGCUCUAGAAAAUUAGAACCCAAUUGUAAAUUAUUCGCAUCUUAAAAAAAAAAAAAAAAAAAGUCGACCAUGUUGUACGAACCCAAUAUUAGUUAUAAUAUGCAUAGACAUAAUACUUAAUAAUGUCUGAAUAAAGAAGAAGAGAAAUGUAUUUCUAACA